GAAACACCAAGAUGGAAAAAGAAGAAGAACAGCUUGAGUCUGAGUCAGCAAGGAUUAUCAAAAACGAACCAUCCAACCCAAUCCCACUCUCAUUCCCUGCCAUUCUCAUCAAUCCUCGUCUCAAGCAUCUCACUCAACCGAACACCAGAAGACCAAAUCAACGUCAAACUACAACUACAUCAGCUACUUCCCGUGCUCAAAAUCAAGGUCGACGACGACUCAACAGACUGGAAAAUGCCAAUUUCUCUUCGAAUCCCCACGUUAUACGACCAACUCUAGCAGAUUAUCAACUUCAAAAACUUGUCACGCGUCCUACGUUUCCAGCACCUCCGCCACCUCAGUUUCCAAUCUCACUGAUCGCUCCUGGAAGAGAAGCAAUCGAGGUUGACCCACCUUCAGCUGCAUUUGGUUCAUUUAAUCGUUCCUUGAAAGGAAUACGUAAGAAUAUCAGAAGAUUGGUAUUCGGACCUCGUGCUUGCAAUUCGAAUGUUGAUAAACAAUUCACCGGCGGAAGAGUCGCAGAGAUCCUCAAGCUUGUUGAUGAACAACUUUCGGACUGGAUUCGUACGAGUGCAGUAUGGCUGCCAGAGGAGUUGAAUGAUGGUUUACACAACACACGGGUCAUAGAUCCAACAAUCUAUCCAUCUUCCGAUCUAGUCUCGUCCCGAUCAGUAGAUGUGGAGCACACACCUCAGCCAACAAUAGUAGAAUUAUUGCGUUCGCCUCAUAAGGUUACUUGGGAUAUCCCUGAUCCCUUUGCUCGAUACUUGGUACACGCGGUCGCUCGAUAUUAUGGUAUUGUCUCUUUCGCUCGUCAAAUAUCACGGCCUACUCAAGCCCCACAGCGACUGGUAGUGAUGGUGAGAGCACAUCUGCCAACGAGGCAAGGCAUGCGUCAAGACGGGCGACAAUCUCUUGAUACUCCACCUACCACUGACCUUGGUAGUGAAUUAUCGACUGCCGAGCUAUCUGACUUUCUUUCGUCUACCGAUGAUGAGCAUGACCCACUAAUCCAUCAGACUCCGGCCCCUCGUCCCCCGCCGAUCCCAACAUCCCAACUACUACUCUCACCCACCCCCGAACCAAUGAAGACCCCGGUUCGUGCUAUCGUUGUGGAUUCUGAUGAUGGUGACAAUUCUUCACGAUGUGCUUCAGACACAGAUGAACUUGAAUCACAUCUUUCAGAUUCGGGUUUUCUACUACCUAAGCCACCUAGCGACUCUGAUAUAACACCACGAGGAAAGCCAAGUUGGCUUCGCGCCUCACUAUCUCAGACUCCAGUCCCAUCUACGUCUGUAAUGGAAGCCUCACGUAGGAGUCCAGAGCCGGCCGCUCGCCUCAAGCUCAAACAACAGCAGCACCAAGAUUCUAAAAAAACCAAGGUUCAACUUACUGAUUAUUCAGUACCUAAGAAAUCAUUCAUGCAAUGGAUUCAAGGAGAUAUCUAAGCUUUUCAUGAACUUUUUGUAAUGGCCUUUUGGUUCACUUUGGUUUCAUUUUGAUUGGUACUGUGGGCUUUUCUCAUGAGCUUCAAUUUGAUUUGGCUCCUAGCUGUUUUUAUACAGCGGCUUUGUUGAUAUGUAGAUCGGUAUGAUUGAUAGAUGUGAAUGAGAAACAAUCGUAAACAUUUGUAACAUUGGCUCAGGGAACAUUCAUCACCUUUUCACUGCAUACAUUCCAGUCAAAUC